AUGACCAGUACCAAAAUCGAACGAUAUCCUACCGGCCUUUUAGUUCGUGUCGAAGGUCGUCACCAGGCUUUAGGCGGCUACGCAUCUUCGCUUUCGGCUACUUCUGGUCCGCAAGGCGACGCCAGCGACAGCCGAGGAAAUCUUGGUGUCACCGAACGGGCGUACACUCAGCUUAUUCCCGAAAUCUGCGUCUUCAGUCACGGUACGUUUUACCGUUCGAACAAUACGGUGAAUUGGUGGUAUUUUCGUUACUGUUUUGUCGUCGUCAUAUUUAGCUUGUUGUAA